AUGGUUGAUGAAAAACAGUUUUCUGAAGUAUAUUUGAAUAUAACUUAUUUUUUCUUUGUAUGUGAAGAUCAGCAAGUUACAAAUAAUCUGUUACACUCAUCAGUCAUUCCUGAGACUUUCUGCUAUCCAAAGGAAUCAAAUGAGACUAACAAGGAUAUAGAAGAUUAUUGCUGCAAGGGGUGUCAACAGAAUGCAAAAAUUGGUAUUACAUGUAUCAGUGGAUACGAUAGUUAUGAGAGCAGUCCUCCUCCACCACUAACAGAAUCUAUGGAAGAAAUUGAUAUUGGUUCAGAUCUAGACCCAACUUUUCAAACACCUUCACCUUCAAAUUCAAGCACAGAUAAUGAAAGUAAUUAUGAAAACUAUUUUACUCUUAAUAACGUAAAUAAUUUAAACAUAAUGGCAACCGAAGUCGAACCGAAAAUAAUAAUUCUAAAUAAUAUAAAAUUGACAGAUUCUCAGCCUAAUAAACUUUUAUUACCAAGCUCUUCAAAAGUCAGUGGCCACAGUAUCGAAUCAAAGAAGAAAAGAACACACUGUAAGUUUUGCUUAACCAAUGUUACAAAUUUCGAAAGGCAUUUGGAGCGGAAUCAUAGUGAUUUAAAAGAGGUGUUGGAUAUGUUGUCAUAUCCUAAAAAACACAAAGAAAGAAAAAAAUAA